UUAUCCUAAUAAUCUUUUUAAGCUUGAUCAUAUCAAAAUUUUUUGUGUGGAGUUUUGAAAAAUGCGUGGACAUGAUUGUGUUGCUCCCGGCUGCGAUUUCCUGCGGAAGGGCUGCGAGGAAAAGCGAUCUCUUUUCUCUUUUCCCAAGGAGAAACCCCGUUUGGAUAAGUGGCUGCGAAAUCUUGGCCGCAAAGACUUUCAGCCAUCCAAGUCAUCCACUCUGUGUGAGAUUCAUUUCGAAGAUCAUUUUAUUUUACGCGAAUCGUCAGCGAUACGACCGGAUGGAACCACGGUAUCAUUCAGGCUGGCGAAACCAAGACUAUCCCAAGAUGCUGUUCCCACUCUGUUCCCCGCUAAUUACAGUCUCCAGAGCGAGCGAGGAAAAGAAAUCAGCGUGCCGUCUUAUCACACAUCCAAGACUCCUAAACCUCGCACCGAUCCAUCAGCACGAAGAAAGAAGGCCGAAAUAAAUGAAGAGCGACUGGCCAAAAUGAAAGAAGAGCUAAAACGGGUACGGAACGUGGACGAGGUGCUAGUUUAUCUGAACCGUCGCACUGAGGAAAAGAUAUGGACCUUGCUGCAGAGUGCAACAAGUUUACAGUUAUACACAGUGCAGGACAAUGAUGGCUUUGUUGUUAUCGAAAAAAACAUCUGUAUUUUGGCCGACCUUUCGGUGCGAUUCUCCAUCCACAAGAUCGGAACACCUGUGAAUGUUAAACUUCCACUGGAGCUAGGAAAAAUAGAAAAUCACGACGAAAUUGACGCCUUACUGAACCACUGUCAGAACGAAAAGACAGUACCGUACGAGUGCUUUCAGAAAGACGUAGCAGAUUCCAUUGGAAGCCUCCGUCAGCAUUUCGAGGAAGACUCUGAAGCUACUGCCAAAAUUGGAUUUAUUAAAGAACAAGUGUUACUCUUGGGGAUCAAGCCAGAAUGUAGAAGAUAUUUCCCUGAAAUGUUGUCAUGGGCUGCUGCUUUACACGUGAAAUCUGCAGCUGCGUACAGAAUGAUAUCCUCGACAUCGGCACUCACUCUCCCUUGUGAAAGCUCCAUCAAGAAGGUCAUGAAACCUUAUCGAAGUGGUCCGGGAAUGCAGCAGCUCCAGCUAAAGAAUGUGGAUCGUAUCAGCAAGCGAGCCAAAACAGACCGCGAGCGCCUUGUGAAUUUGCAUAUUGAUGAAAUUAGUGUCCGACCUAAGUAUUCCUACAAAGGCGGAAAGAUCGUCGGACAAGCCUAUAACUGCGCAUCGCCGGCGACAGAAGUGGUUGCUUUUAUGAUAACGGGAGUGGCUUCUGGUGUAUCCGAAAUUGUAAUGCUCGUUCCGUCUCACAACAUGACGGCAGAAGAGCUUCACAAGGAAACAAUGGAUGUUUUGUCCGCCCUGGAAGAGAGAGGGAUAAAAGUUGUUUCCAUCAUAACGGAUAACCACAAGAAGAACCAGAGCUUGUUUAGUUUAUUGGCUAGGUUGGCAGCCAUGGACGACCAGACAUGCUGGAUACCAAAUCCAUUUGCCCAAGAUCGUCCUUUGUUUCUCGUGAUUGAUCCCGUUCACAUCAUAAAAACCAUCCGCAACAACUGGUACCAGCACGGAACGCUCAUAUAUCCUAGUAUACGGCGUUUUUUUAAGGAUGAACCUGAGGACACCGAUGUUUUAUCAGCGCACUGGAGUCAUUUUCAACAUGCCUACAGCAUAGAACAGACCAGCAAUUUGAAAGCUACUCCUUUGACAGCCGUUUCUGUCGCACCAAAUUCGUUAGAGCGGCAGAAUGUUAAUAUUGCUCUGAAGGUAUUUUCAGAGCGGACAGCACGUGGCCUCGAACUUAUGGCCAAAAACUAUCCAUUGGAAAUGUGCGUUUUGAAGGUGUAGGUGGAACUGUCAUACUUGUGGACAUGGUUGUCAGGCUUUGGUCAAUGUGGAAUGUUCGCAACACCACCAAUCAUUUUCGCUACCGCAUUCCAGAGAUGGCUCCCUUUACUCACAUGGGUGAUGAGCGUUUUAAGUUUAUGGAGCAAUUUCGUGAGUGGACAGCGGAAUGGUACAAAAUAACCCGGGCAAA